CAAACAUGCGCCGAUGUAACAUCACCUCUGGUGUGACUACAGCAUUUGCCUCCGUUUGACUUGUCGUCACACCUGUACAGGUGAGCGAUGAGCAAGGUGCGUGGGGACCGGGGUCGAGGAUGAGCCGGUGCAGAUGAUCAGACAGCAAAACAGACUUCUCACCACUUGAAUUUAAUUAAUGAUCGGUGAUUAUCCCUCCCACACCUACAACCUCUACCCCUCCGCAUAGGUCACGGUGACGUUCGCCGACACGGAGCCUCGUUUUCAAAAGCGCUUGUUUAAUAGCCGAUACGUGUAGACUGUGCCAUAUGGCUGGCUGCACAGCUGAAGGUCAGGUCUGUCGAAAUAAAUGAAUGGGGAAGAAAAGAAAGAAAGAAUGAAUGACUCUGUGAGACCUACAGAUGUGCAGAGACAAGCUUGUGACAUGCUGUGGUCAAGGUGUUGGCUGCGCGAGGUGUAACAAAGUUUAGAAUCGCAUCCACUGGGAGACAAGAGAUUAUCCACCGACACUCGGUGUCACCCACGACAAGACAUUUCUUAACUCUCUUGUUGUUAUUUGUGUGGAACACUAAGAAAACAUCAAGGUGUAAAGCUACAACUUUCAACUUUGGGAAGGUCACUGGCUGUCAUAUUUGUAUGCAGAGUUUUAUUGACAUAGCGUCUGCUUCACCCGUCUCUUUUUGAGGCCAGCAAACUCCGUGCAUCAUGCCUGUCUUACAUGGAGCGAUCAAGUCGAAUGAAAAGUGUUGGUCAAGAACUAGCUUUUGAUCGCCUGCAACAAAGCUUUCAACCACUUUAACUCCACAGAUUUCUAUUAUAACCUCUUCGCAAAGGCCGUAGCUAGUGAUUACAUCUGCUCUGGUCCUCUUUGGAUGAAAUCACAUCGCAAGUUGGACUCAUCUUUGUCACAUCUUGGACUCAGUUGACUUUGUCGCACCGUCUGAGCCCGGCUUUACCGUCGCACUCGUGACUUCCCCCGACGGCGCGCUCGGCACACGGCAGGAGAUGACAAUCGUCAGCAAUAAUUAACCACUAAAACGUAAAGUGGGUGAUGAUGUCUGAUGACUAUCAAAGGGGAGCGCUGCAGCUUUUUUUCAGUCUGCCUGAUUGAUGUCAAAAGAAGCUGCCCCCCCGUUACCAUGGCGACACCUAGGUAAAGGACACCUGCUGUUCUUCGUUGACCAUUCAGCCCACGCGUUGGCGACAAACGAAAAUAAAAGAGAGAGGACCCAUUCUAAAAAAAUCUUUUCAGGAAAAUCAUCGACCAGAUACUACAAGCGAAAUUUCUAGAAACAGUUCUUGAAAGUCAGAACCUUGUUCUGCUGACACUCACUCGAUCCCCUCUCUUGGCAGGGGAAAAGUCAAAACUGACAUCUUCAUCAAGUGUGAUGGAAGCUUCCGACACAGUCCAUGCAGUUGGAAGCCAACCAAUGACACAUUUCAGUAACAACACGACCACGAAUGCCAGAGACUCUGGCGAUCAGCAGUCAGGCCACCAGCCCAGUCCCCCCAAGAGAUCCAAAGGAAAAUCCAAGAACAGAAGGUCUGCCGAGACAUCCGUCCAAGAUGAUCAACAGCCUGGCCCUCAGCUCAGUCCUCCCAAGAGGUCCAAAGGAAAAUCCAAGAACAAAAGGUCUGCAGUGACAACCGUCCUAGACGCACAGCACUCCGCUGCAGAAGCACGCGGUCGUUCAGGAAAAAGUCAGCCGUCGUCGUUGCAGCUGGCCUCCAACAGAUCGUCUCCUCAUGAUGUCAGCCAGCCAGACAUUGUGUUGGUUGUGCAUGCCAACGGUGUGACGGGAGGGGGUUCGUCGUGUCCGGCCUCCAUGAAUAAGGCGAAACGGUCUGGGCUUCAGCUGCACCGCAAGUCGCCGGCGGCGUCCUCCAAGAAGCGCUGGAGCACGGACGGGGAGUGCGUCCUGGGGUUGCCUCUGCCGCCGAGAGUGAAGAAGUGGCUCACGAGGGACCACAGCAUCGAAGGCAAAGAGAUUCGCAACAUCCUCAUCCUGGGAGCCUCCUUCCAACUUAUGUUCACCGCCUACUUCGCCAUACAGAACCUACAGAGCAGUUUGCACGAGGAGGAGGCCCUGGGAGCCAGUGCACUGGGCUGCAUGUAUGGCAUCUCCAUCGUCUCCAGCCUCUUGGCACCUACACUCAUCGGCCUCAUCGGCGCCAAAGGUUGUUUAGUGGUGGCAUGGAUCUGCUACAUGCUAUACACCCUGUCGCAGUUCCAUCCGACCUGGGGGACACUAGUUCCUGCGUCUGUCCUGCUCGGGGUGUUUGUCGGGCCCCUCUGGACAGCGCAAGGUCUCUACGUGUCUGCCUGCGGCUUCUCCUUCUCCAAGCGCUCCCCCCACUCACCCUACGUCAUCCUGUCACGUUUCAACGGCCUCUUCUUCACGUUGUACGAGACUACACAGAUCGUCGGCAACCUCGUCUCCUCCCUCGUCCUGCAAGACGGCGUCAGCAACAAGUCGGAGGCCAUCGUCUUCAAAUUUUGCGGACCGGACGACUGUCCAGGAACAGAAAACGUUACAGACAUCGAAGAACCGGAUGUCUGGGUGCUGAACACUCUCCUGGCCAUCUACAUGGGACUUCAGGUGAUCGGUGUGGUGCUGACUGUUUUCAUGGUGACUCCGCUGCCCAAGAGCGAAUGGGUGGCUAAAGUCAGCAUCCGCGACACAGCGACAUCUUGGCUGACCACCCUGAUCGGGACGGAGAUGUUAUUUUUGGUGCCUUUCAUGAUCUUCCAGUCCCUGCAGCAAGGCUUACUGCUCAGCGAGUACACUAAGGCUUAUAUCAGCUGUCCCAUCGGGAUCCACAUGGUGGGUUUCGUCAUGGCGACAUACGGAGCAGUGACAGCCACCUUCGUCUUCAUCUUCAGCCGCUUGGCCCGCUUGACAGGUCGCCUGCCCCUCUUCCUGCUGGCCGCCGCCAUUAACCUGGUGGUGCUCAUAGUCCUCUUCAGCUGGACCCCAGACAGCUCCAUGGAGACAAUCAUUUUUCUCAUACCUCUCUUGUGGGGCGUAGCUGAAGGGAUCUGGCAAACCCAGACCAGCUCUAUGAUUGCCGUGGUCUUCGCUAACCGGAAGGAACCCGCCUUUGCCAUCUACCAGGCAUGCCGCGCGGUGGGCUACACCCUCACCUUCUCUUACCACGGCCAUCUCUGUGUCUCCACAAAAAUCGCCACCGCCUUAGCCUUCCUUGUGCUCGGGAUCCUGCUGUACCUCGGGGUAGAAUUCCGCUUCAGAUUCCGGCAGACCAUCAGGGGCCAUCAUUCUCAUCAAGGUCCCAAAAAAGCAGAGAUUUCGUGCCUUUCUGGCCGAGAGGGAAAUGCUGGUAAGGACAAAAGUGACGGUUGUGCAGCCAGAGAAGGGAAGUUUUCUGGUGGUCAGCAAAACGAUCAGAUGCAAACCGGAAGCUUGUCGAUUAUACAAAGACAGGAGAGCGGGUCCACGAAGCAGCCAGCGGGUCAGGAUGGUGCAGACAGCAGCUGUUCUCCAACUGCGCAGACAGUGUUCUCGAAGGGAGAUGCCUACAGACUUGGGGAGGAGAAGCGCGAGUUGCCCAGAAGUAACAGCGCGCGGCUCGAGGGCGAGUCGGAUCGCCUUCCCAGCGCCAUGGCCAGGCACAAGCCGAGUGUCUCGCGCUACGCCCGUUCCAUGAGCCUCGAGCGCCCCGCAGCCAAGGCCGGCAAAGAGGGCGAGGGGUCAAAAGUGACCUCCCGGUGCCACAGCGUGCAGGAGAUCUACGUGCUGGAGGAGAUGGAAAUGAAAGCCGAGUGGGAAGCAGACAACUACAGAAGCCACAAGGAGCGAAAAAUGAAGGAUGAAGUAUACGUUUACUGACAGUGAACGCUGUUCAUUAAUGAUGCGAAUGACCGCAAGAAGUGUUUUAAUAUUAAAACAGCUUCUUUAGUCUUUUAGUCUUUAGCUCUUGACCAGCAAGGUCUUGAAACACUGCGUCCUAGACCUGCUUUGGUCGAUGAUGAUGUACUGUGUAGAAUUAUCGGUAACAAAGUUCGAUGGAUCACCUGCCCGAGGUUUAGUGUGAAUCAAGUAGCAUGGACCCCUGAAAAUCAGGAAUAACAUGUCUGUAGCUCUGGCAAUUCGUGGGUAAAGUUCAAGGUAUCCGUGGUAACCAUAAACAGUAAGCUGUAUAGCUCUGGUAACCACAGAUAGUGUAUCCUGCUCAUGUGCUAUGGCCUGAUGGUUAUUUUAAACACAAUACAUCAUAAUGAUGUACAGUAUACUAUGUAUAUCAAUGGCGUAAUUUUCAUUUGUAGUGAUGCUGGAAAUGUUGGACAAUCCGCUGAUUACAGCUCAAAGUUUGUAUAAGCAAUCAGCGGGAACAGACAUGAAAUGGUGUGAAUAGUAGGUGAAAAUGUGAAUGUGAAGAAAAAAACAAUCCUGAGUAUACACACCAUCCCUGUAACAGCCUGAAGUCUGUGAUAUGUGUCUUCACGUUUAGAGACGCAACUGUAUUAAGGAAUGCUAAUGACAGUUAAAACUGUUCAUAUAUGGUGCUAAUGACACUAAUAAUUGUGUAUAUAAAUUAUGACUUCUUGAGUUCCUGCUUCCUCAAGCUGAGUGUUACACCCUAGUCAGGGAUCAAUGUAUGAUGGACCAGCUCCUGUUUAGAAGAUAUUGCAGAACAAUUUUUAGGCUGAUAUUAAUAGUCCUGGCAUAAAUACAAAUCACAAAAUGAAGACUCAUUAUUAAGCAUAAUGUCUUAAUCACUUUAAGUUAAUCUAAUUUAGGCUUAAGUAUUUGUCUGAUCUUAAUAUCCUCUGAGGCCCUAUCUUUGUAAAAAUUUCACAUAAAACAAAAUUUUUUACAAAAAUUGAUGAUUGACAGCUGCAAGGAUGCUAACUCGACACAGACGCUUACUAAACAACUAAAGGGUCAAUAACUAAACACACAGAUACUUUAUUCAUGAGCAUAAAAUAUAUUUUCGAUUUGAAGAAAGAAAUUUCAAGAAAAGAUGGUUUCUCGGAAACUUCUGAUAUCAGAGGAGCUAGAGAAAACAAGACAUUGUUCUGCACCAAGUGCUUAUAUGUAUGUUUGUUGAUUUCUUGCUAAUUCCUGAUCAGGUGCAUGAUACCAAGUGCAAAACAAAAAGUAAAAAUAGCUUCUUUGGUGUUAAAUCAGAGUCGGGUGGAGUCAGUAUCCCAAGAUAUCUAUAUCUGGAAAAAUCUGUUCAUGAACUGUAAAGUAGUAGUCAAUGGUGGUCCAGUCUAUUGCAAUGCAUCUGAUAAGAGAUAAGCACGUGGUGUCUCGUGCGACAUUUGGCAUUCUUUUAUGAAAUAAUCCGGUCUAGGAGCAAACUACAAACCUGUAUUUUCAGCCUGUCGUUUCUGUGUGCACUGUAUUAUCACAGGCUAGUGUUAGGCAUCAUAAAAGGUAGAAGGGGCAAAAUAGGGUACAGGAAAGUGGGGUGGGUAAAAGUGGGGAGCACUUAGAAUAGCAGCGUUGGUCCAAGGUUACAAGCAUCAAGGCAAGUGACAGUGUCCAGUGCCGGUCACCGAAUAUACAGACCGCCCGAAUGCGGGUAGUCAGAUAGAAUUACUAUGUCCUUGUUAGAAAUUAGGGCUCUAGCGGUAGAUUUAUUUAAAUCGAAGCGAGAACGGGUGUUGUUUAUUGAGAGCUGCCCUGUUCCUCCUUUCCUCUGUCACCCUUUGACACUCUUUCUCGAACGGUCAGCACGCAGCUCCGUGGUAGUGGGGCAAGUGGCACCCGGUCGUGGUAAACGAGAGAGUCAACUGAAACCUUAAGGAAGCCGACAUCAAACAGACGACAGAGUGGUCGCAGCUGUACUUUACGUGAGUCGUGAGCUUAUCGUGCAGGGGGCAGCACAGGUCGUAUGAGCCGUCUCACGUGAGUCAUAAGAUGGCAGCCCCACUGCAAUUUUGCACGAAGAAGAACCGCCCUGCUGAGGCUAUUAUCCAUUGUCUUUUUUUGUAUUCAGAAGAAACAAAACAUUGUGUAAAUCAACAGGACUGCCUGUGAGGAAGCCAGGAAGCUUGCAAAGCGCGUGACAACUGUGAGUCAGUAGGAUGAAGAUGUGCUGCGCGUGUAUUGGUACACGAGUUAAUGGCAAAAGAAUUUUUAUUUUCUUAAGAGGAAGAAUCCAUGGAGCAAUUUGCGUUGAACAAAACUGGGAUUAUUUCGAAAAUUAUGCAAAUUUGUAAAAUUCUUUGCAAUUAAAACAAUGCAAACUUGA